AUGUCCAUUUCUGAGAUUCCCACCCUCUUCCUCAAGCCCGCCACCGCCCUUGCCGACCCUUACCCAGCUCCCACGCUGAUUCCCAAGCACACCAUCGAGUCGGGCUCAGCCGACUACGGGUCCGAGCUGGCCAUCAUCAUCGGCAAAGACUGCAAGAACGUUUCUGAAGCGGAAGCGCUCGACUAUGUUUUAGGUUACACCGCCAGCAACGACAUCAGCAGCCGCGCGUUCCAGUUUGCGCAGACGCAGUGGUGCUACUCCAAGGGGUUCGACGGCAGCUGCCCAAUUGGUCCUGUGCUGGUGAGCAAGGAGGUGAUUAGGGAUGUGGGCGGGUUGAAGUUGAGGGGGUGGAAGAAUGGGAAGGUGGUGCAGGAGAGUCCUUUGACCGACCUCAUCUUCUCGGUCCAACAAAUUAUCAGCUUCCUGUCUCAGGGUACCACGCUGCCCAAGGGCACCAUUAUCAUUACAGGCACUCCGGCUGGUGUGGGCUUCGCUAGGAAUCCCAAGGAGAUUUUGCAUGAUGGUGAUGAGUUCGUGGUGGAGAUCUUGCCGCAUAUUGGCAGCUUGUACAAUGUCAUGAAGAACGAGCAGUAA